AAUUUUCCAGUAAAUCGACAAGAACAUCAUGUCUGGUCGUGGCAAGGGCGGCAAGGGUCUCGGCAAGGGCGGUGCGAAGCGCCACCGCAAGGUCCUUCGCGACAACAUCCAGGGCAUCACCAAGCCCGCCAUCCGCCGUCUCGCUCGUCGUGGCGGUGUCAAGCGUAUCUCGGGCCUCAUCUACGAAGAGACGCGCGGUGUCCUCAAGGUCUUCCUCGAGAACGUCAUCAAGGACUCGGUCACGUACACGGAGCACGCUCGCCGCAAGACGGUGACGGCCAUGGACGUCGUCUACGCGCUCAAGCGCCAGGGCCGCACGCUCUACGGCUUCGGCGGUUAA